UUUGAUUCUAUUUCUCUAUCUCUCCUCUUAAAUAUCUCUCUAAAUUCCUCCUAAUUCCUCCUUACUCCUCGUGUCGUCCGUAAAAUGCCAAAAACGGCGACUGCUCAGACCACUUGACUGGCGCGACCUAACCUCAAAUUCAACUAUACUCUGACUACUCCGUACCGCAGUGACGAUUGACGUGACGAGAACAUUCAUUAUGUUCAUUACGUUCUCUUCUUGUGAGCGAUAAUUCGCAUUAUGGCAUCGCGAUAGCUCGCGAACGUUACGCGUGUUGUGCACGUGGAUAUCAUCAUCCCUGAGAUGAUAGCCGACCUGGAGUACGUACGGCUGUAUUUCAGCCUACAGCUCAACGAGGCAGUCUGCUGGUGGUGUUAUUACAUCCGCGAGAUUUCAUGGCAGCUGUUGAUCGCUUUGCUGGCAUAUCUUUGUGUCUGUGUCUUCCUUUAUGCAAUCCUGAAACGGGUGGGUCAUACUGCCUGGCAACUACCAGGUCCACCUGGCAGGCUUCUUCUGGUCACCGCUCAUCCAGAUGACGAGGUGAUGUUCUUUGGACCACUGGUCUACUGGCUAACCCGUUCCAAAGCCAGCGAGAUCUACCUGCUGUGUUUAUCCAUGGGUGGAGACAGAAGGAGGAUAGACGAGCUGUGGGAGUGUACUAAGGUGUUGGGAAUUCCAGAAGCCAAUGUGACGAUUAUUAUGAGUGGCGAGCUACCAGAUGAUCAAGGCGUACAGUGGCCAACAGACACAGUUGCAGAGAGCAUCUUGCAAUACAUAGAAAUGUAUAAAAUCAAUGCCGUCGUGACAUUUGAUAAAUACGGAGUGAGCCGGCAUAAAAAUCAUAUCUCCUUGUAUUUUGCGAUCGCCGCAUUAUGCAUAGAGAAAAAAGUACCUCCUUAUUGUAAGCUGUAUGUGUUAGAGUCCGUUAAUAUAAUUAGGAAGUACAUUCAACUCUUAGAUUUGCCCGUCAGUCUACUCUCAGCCUCAUAUUGGUAUCUAGUAACAUACGAACAAAAGCGAACAAUCAAAAGUGCUAUGGCUGCACACAAGUCUCAGUACGUCUGGUUUCGAAAGUUGUACAUGAUCUUUUCGCGGUACACAUUCAUCAAUACUCUCCAAGAAGUUAGUGCCCUUGAUCUGGAGCUGGACCUCCAGUUCGACGAGGACUGAACAUUACGCGACGAACGAAGAAUUGUACAAAAUAUGUAAUUAACGAUUAUUGUGUACAUAAUUUGUCUACUGUAUUAAAUUACAUAAAAACUACAUACCAAAUCUAUGAAAACUAACUAAUUAAUAUGAAAACUUUGAAAUAUAUGCAGAGACAUACUUUAUAA